UCACCACACCGAGUCCCAACCGUGCGGAAACCGACACCCACGAGAGAUCGAGUGGCGCGAUCGCCGCGCGCAUCUUUCAUACGUCCGCGAGCCGUAGGCGUCGUCGCGGGUAGACCCGGGAUUUUUCAGUUAGGGCAAAGAAUUGCCCGUUCGCCGACGUCAUGUCCGGAGCCCUGCGUCGCGCGCUCGCCAUGGGCCUGACCCGCGCUGCGACCUCGCAGGCGCCCGCCGGCGCGUCAACCACCGCCGCCGUGCGCGUCGCGAGCUCCUCGCCCCUGUCAUCCGCCGCCGCGCCCCUCGCCUCGUUCAACCACCCGGGCGCGGGAAUGACCACCUGCUCCGCCGCGUCGUUGGCUACGCACGGCAGCAAGGGCACCUCCCCUUGGCACGUUCCCGAGAACGACAAGUCCCCAACCAAGGUUCCCGUCGCGCCGCUGGACCCGCCGGUGGCAAAGGUCCUCUCCUCCCUGCGCGUCACACCCGAGAGCCUAUGGGAAAAGGACGAAGAACAGGAGAGGAGGAUCGCCGCGAGGUUAGCCGCCAUCCAGAGCUGGCACGCGAGGCAAAACAGAUCCGCGGAGCACCUCCUCCACGAUCUAGAGCGCGCAUGGGCGCCGACAAACAACGAGCGUGUCACUCCCGCCACGCUGCACGAAGCUCCCGCGCCCGUCGUCGAGGCGCCCGUCGACGGUGUCGUGGGCACUGGCUUUGGACUUGAGCUUGAGCUCAACAUCGACGGCGUGGACGCAGACCCGGACGACGUCAUGUACGCGCAUACCAAACGCACGUACCAGCCAUCCAAGCUGGUUCGUAAGCGCAGACACGGAUUUCUCUCCAGGACCGGUACGCCCGGUGGAAGGAAGGUGCUGAAGAGGCGCAGGGCCAAGGGGAGGAGGCAGCUCACGGCACUCGCUCACACUCGUUGGCACGGCGCCUCGCACGAGGCGAUGAAGCGGGAGGGGAAGAAGAAGAAGAAAAAGAAGCAGCAUUCUCUCGGAUCCAACACUCAUACCUGGGGGAUCGACGAUGCACUUGCGCGCCCAAAGAAGCGCCCGCGCUCCUCGGAUGCCGCCGCCGCCUCCGACUCAUCCGCCGCUCGCGUGAAGAACGCGCUGCGAUCCGCGCAACUGGACAAACGAGAGCUGCUGUUGUGGCGGAAGUUUGGGUACGGUCCCUCGCUGUUUAGGCAAUACUAUCGCGCGCAGGGCCUGGUGGACGGCGACGAUGAACUCGAGGAGGUGGAGGCCUGCUACUCGACUGCAUUGCCAAUCACGUUCCGACUCCACGCCACCGACGGGAGGCGCGCGUCUUCGCUGAAGGCGCGUCUUAGGCAGCUACGGGACGCCAAUCUAGUGCAUGGGUUAGAAUGGAUGCCCGCAGAUGAGGGGUGGCAGGCUGCGGCGGAGACCAGGGAUGCGGGCAGGAGAGAGAAGCUGCACGAGGCUGUGGCGGAAGUUGUGGACGCAGGCACGUCCAGCGGGCUGCUCGCGAGGCAGGAAGCUGUAUCGAUGCUCCCCGUGCUGGUCCUCGCGCCGCAUCUGAAACCAGGCGACAGAGUUCUCGAUGUGUGCGCUGCGCCGGGCAACAAGACCAUGCAGCUCCUGGAGAGGGUCUCACCUCCGGAAGAUGGCGACGAGCGCGGAGGUGUUCGAGGUUUGGUGGUUGCUAAUGAUGCUCACCCGGGAAGGGUCAAGACGCUCCAAGAUGCCAUAAAGAGGCACGCCAGGAGCGCUCGAGAGAUGGAGUCGCUCGUUGUUACGUGUUCCUAUGGACAAGACGUCCCAGUGCCCAUUUUUGAUGACGGGAUCGAGGGUUACGAUGCGGUGCUGGCAGACGUUCCUUGCUCUGGAGACGGGACGUUUCGAAAGGACCCGGACGCUUUGCGGCGAUGGCACCCAGGCGGCGGAAAUGCCUUACACGCCACGCAGGUGGCCGUGGCGCGGCGUAUGACGCAAUUGGUCAAACCCGGGGGGCAUCUUCUGUACUCCACGUGCUCGCUUAAUCCGGUAGAGGAUGAGGCGGUGGUGGCGGCAAUCCUGAAAGAGAACCCUGAGUUUGAGCUCGUCAAAGGCGCCAUGGAUGCGGGCGCGCCGGGCAUGAGAUACAGACCGGGCGUGUCCACGUGGAAGGUCGCAGAGCAUGCCUUCAAAGGCCAAGAUGGUACCAGCAGGUUCGACUCGGAUUCUGAAUCGGAGUCGGACGACGACGUCACGCUGCGGUGGUAUGAUGACUACGGCACUGCGACCGCUGCGGGUAUGCCAGCCACGGAGGUUUCGAUGUGGCCUCCAAGCCAGGAGGUAGCAAAGAGGAUGCACCUCGAGCGGUGUGCAAGACUUUUGCCGCACGAUCAGGACACUGGCGGGUUUUUCAUCGCACUGCUGCGUAGGAAAGCGAAGAAGAAGAUCACAGAGGGAGUUUCCGAUGCAUCCCAGAAGGGAGAGUGCGCGAGGACCGCUGCGGCUCGCGCUGCUGGUGACCUGCCCGAUCCCGUCCGACCUCUUCCUCCGAACGAGAUGUCGGCUAUCGCAGCCCAGCUUGGACUGGGAUCUAGCUCCAAAAAACGGUUGUGGCUGGGCGCGGGGGGUGCCGUUACGCUCUCACCUCGCUCUGUGUCAAACUUGACUGACCUCGGUCCAAUCGCGAUUGCAUCGGCUGGCGUUGUCGCACUCGUUCCCAGAGCUUCAGUUUGGAACGAGGCAUCAGAUGCGGCAUUUCCAUAUGACCUCACUUCAGCGGGCGCCGAGGCUUUGGCGCGCGCCUCUCGCAAGCGUCGCGUUCAGGUGGUUCCAAGCGACCUGCAGGUGAUGCUCGCGGCGAGGUCAUCCGGUGCCGACGACCCAAGCAACACCAAGGAGCUCGUCUGCCUAACCGCAGAAGAGAUGUCCGAAGCGACGCGACGAAAGUGGCGCGCAUGCGUGGAUGAUGGACAGACUGGCGCGGUUGUCCUUGUCCUCGUUAAGCGUGGUAAGGCGGAAGGAGACCCGCCCAUGGUGGUCUUCUCGGCUGCGGGCAGGUGCUCGGAGGAUGGAUUGAUGCUCUCUCCUAAGGUUACCGCGGCCGAGGCUUCGCGAUUGCUCAAGGACCUCUCGCGCGUCGCAGGCACCAAGCGCAACAAGUAAAAUUCGUAGUACACGUGUGUGGCUAUUCAAACUUUCGUAGUAGUCGUGCU